UGGAGGUGGGGCGGGAGGCGGCAGUUUUGGGCGGGUCAGGGCGGAGCUGAGGAGACGGCGGAGGCGGAAGCGGCGGCCUGGGGGGCGGGGAAGGGGCUGGCCCCGGAAGGCGGAGGAAACCCUGAAAAGAAAACAGCAACAAGCUGAGCUACUGUGACAGAGGGAAACAAAAUGGCGGCGCCGAAAGGGAGCCUCUGGGUCAGGGCCCAGCUGGGGCUCCCGCCGCUGCUGCUGCUGACCAUGGCCCUGGCCGGAGGCUCGGGGACCGCUUCGGCUGAAGCGUUUGACUCGAUCUUGGGUGAUACGGCGUCUUGUCACCGGGCCUGUCAGUUGACCUUCCCCUUGCAUACCUACCCCAAGGUGCCCGCCAAUUUGUACACAGUGGAUCACACAGAAGAGGAGUUGUACGCAUGUCAGAGAGGUUGCAGGCUGUUUUCAAUUUGUCAGUUUGUGGAUGAUGGAAUUGAUUUAAAUCGGACCAAAAUGGAAUGUGAAUCUGCAUGUACAGAAGCAUAUUCCCAAUCUGAUGAGCAAUAUGCUUGCCAUCUUGGUUGCCAGAAUCAGCUGCCAUUCGCUGAACUGAGACAAGAACAACUCAUGUCCCUGAUGCCAAAAAUGCAUCUCCUCUUCCCUCUAACUCUGGUAAGGUCAUUCUGGAGUGACAUGAUGGACUCUGCUCAGAGCUUCAUAACCUCUUCAUGGACUUUUUAUCUUCAAGCUGAUGAUGGAAAAAUAGUUAUAUUCCAGUCUAAGCCAGAAAUCCAGUAUGCACCACAGUUGGAGCAGGAGCCUACAAAUUGGAAAGAAUCGUCGCUAAGCAAAAUGUCCUAUCUGCAAAUGAGAAGUUCACAAACACAUAGGAACUAUCUUGAAGAUGGAGAAAGUGAUGGCUUUUUAAGAUGUCUGUCUCUUAACUCUGGGUGGAUUUUAACCACGACCCUUGUCCUCUCGGUGAUGGUAUUGCUCUGGAUCUGUUGUGCGACCGUCGCUACGGCUAUGGAGCAGUAUGUUCCCUCUGAGAAGCUGAGUAUCUAUGGUGACUUGGAAUUUGUGAAUGAACAAAAGCUAAACAGAUACCCAUCUUCUUCUCUUGUGGUUGUUAGAUCUAAAGCUGAAGACCAUGAAGAAGCAGGGCCUCUACCUACAAAAAUGAAUCUUGCUCAUUCAGAAAUUUAAGCUUUUUUUCUUUUUUAAAGGAAGGGUAAUAGACAUCUAAAUUUUCAUUCCUCAUAGAGCUUCUAAAGAUGGUUUCAUUGGAUAGGACUUAAAAAUCACUAUAAAAUGCAAAUAAAGUUACCCAAAUCUGUGAAGACUGUAUUUGCUGUAACUUUAUCUGUAACUUCUUUUCUAGUAAUUUAAGAGAUGGAUGUUUGGGAUUGCAUUUUUAUUUUACUAAUACCUGUAGCUAUUUUAUUAUUUACAUUGUUUUUGUUUGUUUUCUUUCUUAGCCACAUUCUGUGAGCUGAUCAUUGCUCUUCCCCACCUCCUGCCACAAUACUGUCUGUCUGUCACCUUAGUUAAUAAACUGAAUACUCCAUAGGAUUCGAUGCUUUUGCUCAGAAAGGCCCACAACCUGUAUUUUGAGAUUUAGCAGGAAAUGCCCUUUAAUGACACUACACUUUCAGUUGUAUUGACUGAAAUCAUUAAAAUUUUAUUUGAAUAAUUAUGUGCCGAAAUUUGAGUUAAUAUAGUCCUGAUUUUCCAGAUCGUUCCUUUCACUCCUACCCAACCGGAAAAGAAUUAUGAAAUGUUCUGUCUAUUGCUAUGUAAUAGGAUGACCAGAGAACAAACUGAAGCAAAGAUGACCCUCUAAGAAGUACGUUUUAUGUUAUUUUGUAUAGGCUCUAGAAUUUUUGUUGGAUGAGUCUUUCCAAAGAGCUAUUUUUCUCUGUUAGAAAGCAUACCAUGUGUAAGUUAAAGAUAUUUUCAGAGAAAACGUUUCAUGUUGACAAUAAGAAUCAGACUCUUGUGAUGCAGAAUUAAGUAUAGAUUUCACACUUGGCAAAGACUUGUUAUUAUCAUUCCUUUAACCUACAGUAAUGCAGAUUUAAGAGUAAGGGUGACAUUAGGUGACACAGUGCACCACAGUCUCAACAUGAUCCAGUGUCGUCACAGCAUGAAGCGUUACAGAACUUUGCAGAGCAGUGCUCUCCUGACUCGCGGGGCAUUGCUGGUGCGGGUGGUAGGGCGUCUUGAGCGCAGUGAGUCACACCUUCACCUGACAUGGGCUGUCUGCUUGCUUAGGGUCAGGAGGAAACACAGUUAACUACACAAGUCACACUUGGGUCACAAAAUGAUAGGUUUGGGUUUUUUAAAGUUUGUCUAGAUUUGGGAGAGGGGUUUGAAAGUAUGCGCACACAUCCAGAUGGGGAAGAGGGAAGGAAUUACUGGGCAGUCAUCUAGCGGUCAUUGUCUCUUUCUUAUUUCUUGUGAGAAAACAGUUGAAAAACAUGAGGCAAAGAUUGGAGUCACCUAAAAAAAAAAAAGUCUUAUUUCCCCGCCCCAUGAUACAUACUUAUAUCCCUUAAUGAGGCACAGACUUAAUAGUAAUGCACCCAGUGAAGCAAGCUGAGGGGGAGAUCUGCCAAGUGCUGCACGUGUGUGGGAGCCUGAGAGCCCCGAGGCCUGAGGAGAGGCCUCCCAUCUAAAACAGCACAAAGUGAAGCCUGCAUAAGGAGCGACUGGACAAUUGUCCUAGAUUCUGCUCCCUUCCCCUGGUCUUGUUUCUCUUUGCUUCUUGAAUGAGGUACCCCUGAGACACUCUCAUUCCUCUUGAAAGUCCUGAUUCAAGUUUACACAGACUUUCCCCUCUUGUUUAUGAGACAACCCCAUAUAUGUGGCAAUACCCAGUCAUUCCUGUUAUUUAGUAGGCACUCAUUAUUUAGUAGGCACUCAAAUAUUCGUGUUCUGCCUUUUUCAGUUUAGCAUGAUUAAACCAGACUGACAUUUUCGGGAAGAGUUUUACUUGAAACAAAAAACUCACCACCACCCUAAAAUUCCAUCACAAGCAACAAAACCAGUCCUUUCUUUUAAAGUUUAGCCCUUCUUGGAUGGGUCCCUCUUCACUUGUUUCCAUGAGACAGGCAGCACCUGGCUUUCCUACCACACAGCAUCUUCUUGAGAAUCUUAUCUUGGUCCUAGGCAAAUUGUCAAGACCCUUGAGUCUCUGGUUCAAACCUCCCAGGCUCCCAAGAAGGUCCUUGGAUCAGGUCCCUGGUCUAAGAGACAGACUAAUUCAGACAGUUGCAGAGAUGGCAGUAACCACCAUAGUGAAUGAUCUAGGCCCAAGGUUCCCAAUCUUCUCACAAAACUAUAUAGACCCUUUUAUUUAUGAUACAUUUUUCCAGUAAGUCAGAAAUUACCAGGUUAUCUGGCCUAUCGAUAUUGUCUCAGAGAGAUGGCAUGCAUUAACAGCCAACCUGAGCUGCUGAUCAUCGUAUGAAAUCUACUAUUUUUACUCUGAUAGUGCAGCCAAAAGCAAACAACUUUAUCCUUUGUUAUUGGUCUGGCUUUAUCUUAGAUACAUGUGCCAUUUCCACUGUGAUUUUUGAAAUAUGUAAAAUAGCUGUUAGGAUUUUUAUGGGCUCUUAAGUAUCUUAGGACACAUAUUGGGAAUUACUGAUCUAGAAUUAUUGAUCUAUUUCUAGACCUUUUCUGAUAAAAUUAAUCAGCCCCCCCACCACCACCACCACUUUUGGAGCAAACUAUAAAACAAGUCUCAUCUGAAUCCCCAUACCACCACACCAUGGUGGGGAUUUUGCGCAGGUAUCCUGAUCCAGAUUCACAGUUUUAACUAUCCAAUAACCACUUGAGAGCCUGAGUGCCCUGCCUUGUGCUGGGUGAUAGGACUUCAGCAACAAACAAAAAUGGUUGCUCAACGUCUGGGGACUAUUAAUGUGAUAAGGUCUAUGACCAGAUAAGCAUAGAGUAGUAUGGGAGGACGUAGGAGGACCUAUGGGAGGAAGUAGUAUCGCAGCUUAAACCUGGAGGAGGAGGAGGGAAAGUCAAAAAAGUACUCCAGGCAGUGGGAGCCGUGCACUGAAAGACCUAGAAGCUCAAGGGUGGGGACAGCAAAUUGGUUAGCAGGUUGUGUGUGAUAGAGCAUGCAAAAGCAUAGCAAUAGAUGCGGCUGGGAAGGCAAGAUAAUAAAGGACCUUAUAAAACCUGGACUUGAUCCUGAGCACAAUAGAAGCCAUAGGAAGGUUUUAAGCAAGAGAGUUACAGUGUUUUAGACCCAUUCACUUGCCAACAAUGUGGAGGUAGACCAGAAGGGCAAGUUCAGAAGCUGAAGGUACCAGUUCUGUAGUAACCUCUAAGAUCUAUUAAAUUGCAUACUUAUCCAGCCACACUGAAAUGGGAAAUUCCAUUUCAUUCCCAGAGUUCUUUUUUUUUUUUUAAUGCCCAAUACUAUUUCAUUUUACUUCACAUGUAUUUUUGAGCCCUUAUCUCUAAGUCUCUCUAUCCCUCCACAUUAUUGUUUGGAUGGUAAAUCCUAGGACUGGUCUCAGGGUCCUGAUCACAAUCUAAGUGUUGGCAAGCAGACUAGGAAGGCUGUUCUGUGGAGGCCAAGCUUCUUACCAGACUUAUAUUGGGCUAAAUUUUUAAACCACAAUGCUAGGUCCACUUAUCACUAUGCUCAAAUUCUAGGUUUGCCAACCCAGCCUCUAUGAACCCAGUGUGCUCCUGAGCCCCUCCCACCAGGUGUCCAGUUGCUAGGAUUGUCAUGUUUACAUUUGAGUAUCAUCAACAUCUGAGCUACCUUUUUAAUCUUUCUUUCCUUGACUACUUGUUUUAAACUAGAGUCCGGGGGUAGAAGUGUGUACAGUAAUAGAGAUAAAAGAAUGAAAUAGUGGAAAAUGUGGACUUCUGUGAGAAGCUAGCUUGUACAAUCUGGAUUUUCCGACUCCUUGCAAUAAUUAGAUUGGGAAGCAUAGUUUUCUCAAAUUUGUGAUUGUCGAAGCUCCAUAUACUUCACAAUUAAGUGUUCUCUUCCUGUGAUGUUGAUGACUUAACUUGUUGAGAGCAAGUGUUCAUAACCUUUUUCACACCAUGGACCUUUUUGGCGAUCUGAUAAAGCCUGUGGACUCCUCAGAAUCAUGUUUUUAGAUGCAUAACACUGAAUAUAAAGGACUGCAAAGGAAACUCAUUAUGUUAAAAUAUAGUUAUUAAGGCAUUUUUAAGAUUUUGUGGUUGUGUAUAUAUGUACUUCUUUAUUAACACAUAAAUUGAGGUCUAGUGGUAGUUCUAGAAUCUCUAAUUCCAAAGUAAUUUCAGGUUAUUAUUUCGAAAUAACCUGCAACAAUUGUAAUAUGAUAUCUGAAUCUCUGUGGUUUCUAUUGGUGACAAAGUCGCAGGUACUGUUCAUAGACUGUCAGUUGUGGCCUACAUUCAUAGUUGAAGGAAAUGCUAUAUUUCAGUUAGAAGUUAGUGAAAAUAAAGAUUUAUUUCUUUCCCAUUCAAGUGCACUAAACCCUUGGUUUAGAAGUUGUCUAACUUUUGCCAUUUUUUUUUUAAGUUUUUAUUUAAAUUCCAGUUAGUUCACAAACAGUUUUACUUUGUCAUUUUAGGAGCAAAAUAUUUUUGUUUGCUUGUUCAAUUCUAAAUUAUUUGGGCCUUUUUUUCUUUCUUCUUUUUUUUACUGUUUCCUGUGUGCUUUUUAUACUUGAAUUGUUCUGCAACAUUGGGACAGCAAUAAUUGAAGGCUUGGGUGGAAAGAAAUCAGUGACUGAUUAGACAACAAAAGCUCGAUAAUGUUACCUCAAGAUAUACUGUCAUGCGGUCAUUGCUGGAACCCUGCAUCUGUCGUUCAUAAUGCAUAAGUGUGUAAACUUCGAUAAAAUCUGGAUCAUCUGCAUUAAACAAUAUUGUAAUGCUA